UAUUCAAAAUGUUUUGAUUUAUCUUAUCUUGUUUAUUAUAGUUCCAAGUUUCAUUGCAUUAAGAUUCAGUCUAUAUAUUUAUUGAUUUUAUUAGGUUGAAAAACCUUAAAGCUUUUGAGUAUCACAAUUAUCAUUUAAUCUAUCAAUGUUUCAGAUGACGACGACCUUUGCCCUAAGCCAUUCGAAAAAUUCAAGGCUAGUUGUUGCUAGUCUCAUACGAAGAAUGUCUUCUGCUCAAGAUGACGUUAUUUUUCAAGACGUGGGAGAUAAGGGGGUCAUCAUACUGAAUAGACCAAAAGCCUUGAAUGCUUUGAACCUAUCAAUGAUUAAAAAAAUCGGCCCAAAGAUGAGAGAUUGGGAAUCUGAGAAAAAACUUGUCUUAGUAAAGGGAGCAGGAGGAAAGGCCUUUUGUGCAGGGGGUGAUGUGAGAGCUGUAAUUGAAUCUCAUCAAAGAGGUGAAACAUCAUGGAGAGACUUUUUCAAACUGGAAUAUGCAAACAACGCACGUAUUGGAUCCUAUAAAAUACCAUAUAUCGCCCUUAUUGACGGUAUAGUUAUGGGGGGAGGUGUCGGGCUUUCUGUUCAUGGUCAUUAUCGAGUAGCUACAGAGAGAACUCUGUUUGCAAUGCCAGAAACCCAGAUAGGGUUUUUCCCAGAUGUUGGAGGCUCCUAUUUCCUGCCCCGGAUGAAAGGGAAGCUUGGUUGGUAUCUGGCUCUAACCGGACAGAGGUUACGAGGAUCAGAUGUGCUCAGAGCAGGUAUCGCCACCCAUUUUUGUGAGAGCAAACACUUGGAUGAUCUAGAACAGGCGCUGUUGACUUGCUCAAAUCGUGGGGAUAUAGACACCGUCUUGAGUAAUUUCGAACAAAAAGAAGUUCCCCCGUUUUCUUUGGAACCAGUUUUGGCUAAAAUAGACAAAUGUUUUUCUGCUCCUAGUAUGGAAGGAAUAGUUUCGAAUUUGAAAAAAGAUGGCUCCAGUUGGGCCGAAGAAACUCUUAAAAUUCUGGAUAAAAUGUCGCCAACUAGUUUGAAGGUUACGUUGAGGCAGCUUGAGGAAGGAAGCAAAAUCAACUUGGAUGAUUGCUUGGAUCUUGAAUAUACCAUAUGUGUGAAUUUCGUUAAGAAUAAAGAUUUCGCUGAAGGUGUUCGAGCUCUCUUGAUUGACAAAGAUCAGAAUCCAAAGUGGGAUCCUCCAGCCAUAACCAAAGUUUCUGAUGAUUUUGUGAAUAGUCAUUUUGAAAAGGAACAAGAUGUUUUCAAAAAUAGGUUGUAAUUGUAAAAGACAAUAAAUUAAAUAAUAAUUGACA